UCAACAAUUAUGCAGAGAGUGUAAAUGGCGGUAGCAAAGCUUAGGUCAUUUCUUACGCCCAUUCAUCGGUCUUCCAUUCAAUUCUUUUCCGCGCGCAAUCUUUCUUCAUCUGCAGAGCUCGAAGAAUCGGUUAGGGCUGCGGUUGAGAGCAAGCGAUACGAGCAAAUUCCUGAACUUCUCGCUGCCGCCGAUAAAUCUCUCCAAAACCACAACCCUUUCUCGUUCCUCUCGGCCUUCCCGGAGAAUGUGAGAAUCAGUGUCGUCGACGACAUUCUGCAGUCGUUUAUUCCUCUCAGACCUCGUUCUCGUCCCUUUAAAGCUUAUUCAUGUCUUCUUUCGUACACUCUUCAAACCUCGAAUCCGCUUCCUAUAUCCCUCGCGAUUCUUCAACGUAUUCUCCGUUCUGGCUGCCUUCCUACCCCUCAAACACACUUGCUCCUCUCCAAUGCGUGGGUUAAACGUAGGAAGCAGUUGCUGUCUGUCUCAGACAUACUAUCAGAGAUGAAGUCAAUUGGGUAUAGCCCGGAUUCCGGCACUUGCAAUUAUCUCAUUUCUUCGCUCUGCAAGGUGGACCAGUUAAGGGAAGCUGUUAGCGUGUUGAAGGGCAUGGGGCGAGCUGGUUGCGUUCCGGAUUUGGACAGCUAUGGCUCUUUAAUUGCUGAGUUGUGCGAGCUCAGAAUGAUUGAUGCUGCUGUUGAGAUGGUGAGGGAAAUGGUGGUGACAGUCGGCUUGAACCCUAGGCAGGAUGUUUUGGUGAAAGUGUUGGGGGCAAUGCGGGCUAACAAAGAGAUAUGGAGAGCGGUUAAGAUGGUUGAGAUGUUGGAAGCUGAGGGCGUGCAUCUCGGGUUUGAGUGCUUCGAGAUGGUGCUCGAGGGCUGCAUAGAGUGCAGGCAGUUUGUUUUGGCGGGGAAGUUUGUAAUGAAUAUGACAAAGAAAGGAUUUAUCCCAUACAUAAGGGUGAGGCAGAGGCUGGUUGAGGGUCUUGCUGAAGUUGGUGAAUGGGAGCUUGGCAACGCCGUGAGACAGAGAUUUGCUGAGCUAAACUCGUAGUUUCUCAAGCUUAUAUACAUGUAUGGAUGUUGUGGCUGGUGAAUGGAAACGCAGGGAUUUAUGUGCUCGCUGGAGGAUCAUCCCAUUUGAUACCGAAUUUGAUCAUCUUCUCUUAUUGCAGCCUCAGAAGUUCUGGUCUCGGGGUCCCUUAUUGGACAUGAGCUUUUCUGCAUAGCCAAUCUUGGUACCUCUUCACCAUUCUGACGUGAUGACUGUCCAUCUCGUGCUGCUCAAAACUUGCAUUUGUAUGCAAACACAGAGGGAGCAGAAGCAUGAUGGGACCAUGUUUCUAAUAGCAUGUACUUAUAUGUAGCAUGAAUGCUUGCUGAUUGAGGAUACCAGUUGGUUUGGUAAUUCAGUUAGGCAUGCUUGUCCUUCAUGUCUUUAAUGCCUGCAGGCAAGUAUUUGUUAAGCAUGCAUGCUUUGGUAAAUCUUUUGUGCUCUUGAUUCAUUCAUGUCUUGUUUGAAAGUGCGUGCAUGUAAUUAUCUCUUAAUUUGAUGAGCUAUUUUUUAAUCUUAAUUCUCAUCCUAUGGUAAAUUAUAGGACUGCCAAACGGUGAUGCUGUAAAUAUUCUAAUUGCAAACUUGAGAGUUCUGUUAACAUAU